AUGCCAUACACGCUCUCAUCCCGAUUCUCAGACUCGACCAUCGCCUCGUCCGACUUUGAUCACCGAUCCUACGCCUCCUCAUCUUCCUCAUCUUCCUCAGCCUCCUCAUCUUCCUCCUCUCACCCGAAGCCACCGCCUCGCACGUCGUCCAUAACGAUGGCCAGCACGCGCACCUAUCACAAGCUAACCCAUCUCCAACUGGCGUCAUCACAAAAGCGAUCCCUCCCGCACCGCUGCCCCUCAUGCGGCGAAGAGGAGGACUACUUCACAUGCAAGCAGCACGAGUCGUGUACCUCGGCGGUCGUCUCGCGUCGCUGCGUAUGUGGCACCGUUGUUGGGGCGAGCGAGGGAGUGUACUGCUCAACAGAGUGCGCGAGACGAGACGCUCUGUGGGCGCUCGAGGGGCGCAGCUCCUCGUUCUCCGAAGAGGAAGAGGACAUGCCAAGAACACCAACCAUCAGCAGUACGAGCUCGCCCCGAUCGCCCCGCAAGGAGCGCGCAAGAGAGGUCGCCGUCAUCGAGCGCGUCAGCGACAUCGGUGAGCGCUAUAGACGUUUGCAGCACGGAUGGUUCGAGGAUAGACCGGAAGAAGCGGCGAGCAGCGGAUCGCUGCAGGAGCUGGUCCAGAUGAACAUGGCCUAUCUGACAAAGGAGGAGCAGGGGACGGGCAAGGAGGAGGGUCCGGGGCUGGACUCAAGAUUCUUCUUCCAGAUGCCCGUGUAUACCGGCUCACCGUUUUAG